AUGGUGACUACCGAGAUCUUCACGAUGGCGCUGGCGCCCGGAAGCGAUGUCGGCGAUCCGACUACCAACGCCGCGCUCAUAGCAUGGGAGUCGUUUGAGACCAUCGCAAAGGCAAACGGUGGCCACAAGAUUAACUUCGGUACACAGCGUGAAUCAUCGCAGACGUUUGAAGUCUUCAUUAACUGGGAAGACCUUAAGGCGCAUGAAGCUUUCAAUUCCGGAGAGUCAUACCCAGCCUUCGCAAAGCGUUUCCAGACCUUCAGCGGUGGCAAGCCACGCAUUAUCCACGUUGAUUUCCAGCCUGAAGGCGCUCUAGACAAAACCAUUACGGCCCCUGUGACCGAGGUGGCGACUUUCAUCUUCGGACCGGAUGGCGCACCCUCUGGCUACGGUGCUGGCGUCGAAAAAUUCGGAGCUGCGAUCGAGGCUGCUGGAAUUCAUGGGUUCUUGGGCGCGGCUUAUGGCUUCACUGUUGAGGAGGUCGAGCACGAUGGCAAGAAGGGCAAGGCGGCUGUCCUCACGGUCGGAUGGGACUCGGUCGAUGCACAUCUCCAGUUUCGCGAGACGGAGACGUUCAAGAAUCAUAUCCAUCUCCUGCGGGAUGGUAUUGUAACCGCUGAGAUGCAUCAUGUACAGUUCUUAGAGUUCCUACCGGCUCAGUAA